AUGGAACAAGGAAGCAUCAAGCCUGACACAAGAAUCUAUAACGGUGUUAUAGAUGCUCUUUGCAAGGAUAGAAUGAUAGAUGCUGCAAUUAGCCUUUUUGAAGAGAUGAAAAAGAAAGGCAUUCCUCCAGAUGUUAUCAUAUAUAGUUCAUUGAUUGAUGGUCUUUGUAAAUUUGGUCAGUGGGAGAAGGUUAGGACUUUGUUCUCUGAAAUGGUAAAUAUUAAUAUUUAUCCGAAUGUGCAAACCUUGACAAUAGUGACCGAUGAAAUAUGCAAAGAGGGGAAAGUUGAAGAUGCCGAGGAGGUAAUGAGACACAUGAUUGGAAAAGGUGUGGAGCCUAAUAUGGUCACCUACAAUGUGAUAAUUGAUGGAUAUUGCUUGCGCGGUCAAUUGGAUAGAGCAAGGAGACUUUUUGAUUCCAUGAUUAAUAAGAGCAUUAAGCCCACCAUUAUUAGCUAUAACAUAUUAAUAAAUGGAUACCGUAAGAAAAAGAAAUUGGAUGAGGCUAUGCAUUUGUUUCAUGAAAUUUCUCGAAACGGAUUGGAACCUAGCAUUGUUACCUACAGUACUAUCUUGCGAGGUCUAUUUGAAGUUGGAAGAAUUGACUUUGCGCAGAAAUUCUUUGCUGAGAUGCUAUCUAUAGGGCUCAAGCCUGAUUUAUGCACUAAUCGCAUUUUGCUCGGUGGUUAUUUCCAGAAUGGGCUUCUUGAGAAAGCUAUAUCGCUAUUUCAUGAGUUGGAAGUAAAGAGAGAAGAUACUGAUAUUGAACUUUAUAAUGUUUUAAUUGAUGGAUUGUGCAAACAUGGCCGGCUCGACAAAGCUCAUGCUAUUUUUGAGAAGAUUUCUUUAAUUGGAUUGUUUCCCAAUGUGAUUACACACAAUACAAUUAUAAAUGAAUUAUGUCUAGAAGGGUUGUUUGAUGAAGCUAAAGAUAUGCUAAGAAUAAUGGAGGAGAAUGAUGAAGAGGACGAGGAAGAUGCGGAAACCAAAAGUAACCUCCUUUGCAACAAGGUCAGAGUGUACAAAUCCAUUCCGGACGAGGUCUUCCCCAUGGGUACUAUUGUGCUUCCUAUUGGUGAAGAUAAGGGGUUUGCUGUGCAGUUUGGAGUUCCCCAUUGA